UGGCAGCUGACAGCGUCGACUGUAAUUUCGUGUUGCGCUGCUAAAUUGCCGGUACGCAAGUUUGAUCAGUGAUCAUGGCCGAAAGCAACGGUUGUGAAUUGUUACCGACGCGAUGCUGUAGUCCCUCCAUUGACAGUCAGCGCUACGAUGACGACAAUUACCCAACGGCGUCAUCCGAGGAGCAGAAAAAAGUAGAGGAGUCAGUGAAUGCCUUCUUCAAGACCACUCAAGCGGCAGUCAGGUUAGAAGAAGGGAUCCCCCGUCUCCAAAGAGAACAGCACAUCGCCUACCUCAUGAAAGGACUGAGCUACCUGCCCAAAGCCUACCAGGACCUCGACGCCAGCCGCCCGUGGUUAUGCUACUGGAUUCUGCAUGGCCUAGAACUCCUAGAGGUCACCCUCUACUCGGAAAUGAAGACAAGCGUUGCCGACUUCUUGGGGAAGUGUCAGCAUCCUGAAGGAGGCUUUGGCGGUGGUCCCAGUCAGGAAGCCCAUCUUGCACCAACGUACGCUGCAGUGAACGCACUCAGCAUACUGGGCACUGAAGAGGCUUACAGGGUCAUUAACAGGCAAACGCUGUACAGUUUUCUGAGGCGAAUGAAGCAGCCGGAUGGUUCCUUCAUCAUGCACGAUGGGGGAGAGGCCGAUGUCAGGGGGGCUUACUGUGCUCUGUCUGUGGCCAAGCUGACCAACACAUUCACACCAUCACUAUUCGAUGGAACGGCGGAAUGGGUCACAAAGUGCCAGACGUACGAAGGAGGCUUUGGCGGUGUACCAGGCAUGGAGGCACAUGGCGGUUACACGUUCUGUGGCUUUGCCGCUCUGGUUUUCCUCGAGAGGGAGACGUUGUGCAACCUGAAAAAGUUGCUGCGAUGGCUGGUGAACCGCCAGAUGCGCUUCGAGGGCGGCUUCCAGGGGCGGACCAACAAGCUGGUGGACGGCUGCUACAGCUUCUGGCAGGGAGGGGCCUUCCCGCUGCUGCACAAGCUGCUCUUCUCCCUGGGAAACGAGUCGCUGAGCAUGGAGCGCUGGCUCUUCGACCAGGACGCCCUGCAGGAGUACAUCCUGCUGUGCUGCCAAGAUCCCUCAGGCGGCCUCCUUGACAAGCCUGGAAAGCACCGAGACUAUUACCACACCUGCUACCUGCUGAGUGGGCUAAGCGUCGCGCAACACUUCGGCGGAGGCAUCUUGGGCAGCAGUCGAGUCCUCGGAGAUCCCGAAAACGAGCUUAUCACAGUCCACCCGCUGUACAAUAUCGGUAUGGAGAAUGCCGUUGCGGCGCUCAAGUACUUCAACUCGCAGCCCUUGCCCGAAGACGGCGAGAACUCCUGAGCCCAGCCUCGCAAGCUUAAGGACCAGCUCAGUUACCAAUAUAAAUGUCCAAGAAGCUGACGCAGAAUCGAAAGAGCGAACAUGCACCGGAGGCAAGGAGGAUUUCAACGAUGGACUCCCGCCAAGUAGUCUUUCAUACGUCGACUGUUAUCUGCGGAGCAGUGAGAUUUUUAUCUUUUCACGUACGAGAACUUCAGACUGUCGGGCUUGUGAUGUCAAAUGCUACAGUCAUGCAACUGGUCCAUGCAUUUCAGGCUCGUUCGGUCAAGUCCUCAACUUUACGGCUUGAAGACUGCCUCUUCAAUUGUCUACAUCAAGUACGGCGUGAUAUGCUAGCAGCUGCAGAUUGUUAUGAAAAAGUGCCAUGGAAGAAAGAGGAAAAUUUUGUCUCUAAAGGCGUGUUUUGUAGAUUUACAGCCUGCUAAAGGUAGGCCUAACACUCGCGCAUUUGAGGUGGACCAUCAUGGCACAUGGUCAGCUAGACCAUAGCAAAGGAGAGGGACAACAGGCAAGGAAGAAGAAUACUUUAUUCAGGAAGACUCUUUUAUUCAUGGGGGUGAUGGGAAGGUUCUUGUGAUGUCACUUUUUGAGCAUUGAGGUGCUACCUAGAAAGCUCCGCAUGUACACCAAAGAAUGGCUCCAGUACUUAGAACGGUUUACGAACUAAGCUACCUGGUUAUCUACUGUGUCGCAAGGGCAGUUGUGUAAAGCGAGUAGCAGAAAGAUGCCAAAUGAACACAACCUCCACCAGUGGAAGACCACAAGCUGCUGUCGUCCCGUUCCUCGCUUUUUGCUACCCUCACCUGCAACUCCUGUAGUGCUGGUCACUUACCACAUAGUCACUACAGUCUCAUCAGGCGAUGGGUGCAGUACAAGCUUUCUAUGUCAGUCGCAUUUUAUGAGAAAUGAGAAUUCACGAAGUGGUACGCUGUGCCAGUUGUUACUUUGAAAGAUAAAAUAUAAAGCCAAUAGAGAGUUGUAAUAAUUAGAUGACGUUGACUCUGAGACUAGUUGGAGCAUGCAACUAUAAGAGCUAUGAAAGGGCUCCUUCGGCCGUAUAUCCCAGCUAGUCCUGUCGUCUUUAUAACUUGGUGAUUACUGUUUUCUACUAGCUUAACACUUUUAGUGAACAUGGAAUGUCUUUGUCACACCAAUUAUGAGACAUGUUUGUUAUAGCAAUUCCUUGUGCACUUGCAUUACAAAAAAGAAUCCUGAAUUUACUAAGUUUGCCUUGUUUUAUAUCAAAAUUUAUUGUAUCAGGGUUUGUGAUAUCAAGUUGCGGUGAGACACUGUGCACGCUUGAUUAUAUUGCUCUUGUGAGGAAGUGAUGCGGGACAAGAGAGAGAUCGCUCUGGUGUCAACAAUAAUAGCUUUUAUUGUCAGCUCAGCUUCACUGCAGCCCUCAUAUGCAGCCUAAUGAGGCUUAUAGUACUAAGGAACAUAAAUAAUGUGCUUCGAGUAAAAUGAUGUUUACAAUAAAACUUACAUUUUUGAAUGUCACUUGGCAGUACUAGAUAUACAGUGGAUUUUCCAGUAUGCAUGUUUUCUCUUCAGGAAUAUAAUACAUAUAAAUCUCUAGUAAAAUACGUAAACAUUUCAGUUUAUUUUUUGGCCAUCUCAAACUUGGACCUUAGAAUCUAAAGCUCCUACAAGCUGUAAAAACUAGCUCCAGAAAAGUCUAUUGCCAGUCCGUGAAUCCACCUAUCUUGAUUCGACGUCCGCUGGUGGCCAUUUUAUGAAUCACCUGCACUUCGUCGGCAGGAAGUUGCACAACAGGGGAGCAUGAGAAGCCUUAUCACUAGGACUAGCUUCAACUGUGUCUUUUCUGUAGGGUACAUUGAAACUGAGAAUGUACACUUGAAGUAGUAACUUUAGCGGUAGCUUUACUACUGAAUGGCCCUGUAGUCUUGCUUGUUUCAAGCUAUAACAGGUUUGCUUCGGCCAUCAUGUGUUGAAGAUGCUGUUUUCAGUUUGACGGGAAAUUCGUGGUGCAGGAGUGUUUGCAGAAAGGUGUGAAUUUGCCGUUAAACGAUUCAAACUAGCCAUACUAUGACUAGUUUGGUUGUUCUACUUUUUAAUUGCGGUAGCGGAGGAUCGGGCACAUUUCGCGACGAGCCUUAAGUAGAAACUGGUGCAGUUACAGCGAGACGACGGUCCUAUAUUUUUUGUAAAGCCACAGAUUGUUUUUCACAGUGCUAUUGACAUCGACCGUUUGUAUUCCCUCUUCCGUUAAAUGUCGUGUUCUCCAAGUUUUCUCUUUUAUGAGAAUAAAAGUUUGAAAUGGCCCA